AUGAGCUGGAACCGACUAGACACCAAUGGAGUAGAAACAUAUAAUUCUCAAAAUUCGACGAGCAAAACAACAGUAGAUCCAAGACGCCACGCGCCGUCUGUCUUCAAACAUCAUACUCAUACUCUCACGCCCGGCGCUACUUGCCUUGCUCCUCCUCCGGACACAUCCGCCUCCGCUCACCAUGGCAAUCUUUCUUGGCCGCCCCCCAGAGACCCAAGCCUACGGGACUAUAAACUCAUAUAUGAUCCAUCCACCAAUGGGCGUCGCAGUGAGCACGGUAGAGAAGUCUUGUACCGGUACAAUGGCCAGGUCGGUCCUGGAGAAGAUCCAAUCCGCGUCAGAGAUCCGCGCAGGGACUUGAGCGAGCGUAACCGUGAGGGACGAGGAAAGGCCAGGCUGCGAACAUCAUUUUAUUUGUUGGAGUACGAGUACGAUGACAAUUCGUAUGGCCCACCGCCUCCCCCGCCACCUCGCGGCAUAUGUGUAUCCGGUCUGAGCCCGUUUACAGCUGCCGGUUUCGUCAAGCGGCACUUUAGUUCAUACGGCGCGAUCGAAGAGUUUGUUUCUCAGGUCGACAAGGCCAAUGGCUCAUCCCUCGGCUUAUUUUGGGUCAAGUAUUCCGACCAAGACGAAGAUGGUCACAAGGCAGCACAGCGUGCACUGCAGAAUGAAGACGGCCGCAAGAUUGGAUCUGGGAAUGCAGCUCAGCCUGCGACAAUCGUCUUUGAUCCAGACGGCCAAGUCUGCCGGGGGCUUUACCAAGACGAAAUGGAACGUCGGCGCAAGGCCUGGGAAGAGAACCGACGCGGAAACAAAGCAUCAGCUGCUGCAGCCUCCACAAGCCAUUCGCCUUCUAGCCAUAUCCAUCCUUCUCUUCCUCCCGCUCCACCGCCGAUCCCAGGCUUGCCCUCUCGUCCUCCACCGCCUUCGUCUGGCCCUGUAGCUGGCCCGGACCGUACGUCAUUGGCCACUUCCAUGCGCCCACCUAAUCCUCCGAAACCGAGAUCGAAUUCAACCUCGACUUCCAAUUCGCGUCCCAAUUCUUCUUUGCGUCCGAACCAUACUCCGGCCAUCCCUUCGCCUUUGCAUAGCACAUCACCCUUGUCAAACGCGAGCCCCAAUAUUAGUGCCAUUGAAAAGCCAAAAGCUGCCACUGCAUCUGCUACGCCCGCUCAACCAGUCGACGAGGAAGAAAACCACCGAGACACUCUAAGGUUGUUGGCACUCAAUGGAAACGAUUACAUUCAAAUCGAAAAGUCGAGUUUACCAGACGAGUCCAAAGCGGUAGAGAUGGAAAUACGAAAGUUUUUCGGAGGUUACAAAGUGGAUCGGGUAAUGAGAGACGUAUACGGGUGGUAUAUCUCUUUCGACGUCUCAACCGAUGCACGGCGGGCUCUUGGAGCCCUGGACGACAAAACCAUUGCCGGCCGACAAGUUAUUCUGACCGUCCACCCUGCACCUUCGAUAGCUACCCUCGCUACAACCUCUUCUCGUCCCCGAGGAGACGCAAAAGAAUGGUCUGAGACUGAAUUCAUUCAAGAGGCUCGGAAAAUUAUCAUGCGGGACCUAUUGAGUGUGUUUGCCAAAGAUCUCAGGGAAAGAGUGGCUCGACCCAAGACUUGGAAAUUGGUCGACGAAGCGCUCGAGGCUCACCGCACAUCUGAGGACAAGGACAAGGACGCGGAUGAUGCCCUGCCUCCCACGACCGAAUCGCUCACCCCGGGCACGACGGCCACCGGUGGGGGCCCCACCGAGAUUUCGGUUUCGACACCCAAGGGAUUGAAGGGAUUGUCGUUCAAGCGACAACAUCAGAACGUGAAAGUCGAUAUCAAUAUAUUCAACCGCUUGACGCCACAAAACCGAAUCAACUUACUCAACAUUCUCAACAAAAAGAACGCAACGAGCGAAACGGAGAUACCCAUCCCGAUCCCAUCGCCCCCUCCACCUUUGCCCGAAUCAGUCGUAUUAUCCUCGCCACCGAAACCCAAGCAGGCCCCUGCAGCGGCGAUCAUCGACGACGAAGAAUCAGGUGAAAACGUCGCUAGGUUCGAACGCUCGCUUAAGCGGAGAAAAGCAGGGAUAGAGCGCCCCGGCCAUAAGAAAAAACGACCCCGACGGAGGGUGGAGUUUUCCGAUAGCGACCGGUCAGAUGAAGAUGAUAAUAAUGAUAACGACUCUCCACCCGAACCUGUAUCUGUAUCUGUUCCUGUUCCCAAGGUCCCGCGUCCACCCAAGUCCCUCCCUGUGCAUGUACGUGACAAGCCUAGGAAACCGCCAUCUUCAGCUGCGAACAAGGUUGAUGUGGUUGUUACUCCGCCCGCCUCGGAUGAAUCCAAGGACAUCUUGCUCAUCAAGUCUCACGCGCCAAAUGAGGUGGUCGAGACUCCGAAGCCGGUACCCAUUACUCCUAUUUCCGCCCCUGUUCCUUCUCCUUCGGGCGAAGUGGUUAUACCGGAUCCAUACGCACAGCAACUCGUAGACGACGAAGAAGACUUGUACUAUAUUCGACUAGCGUUGGGUCAAGCGCGUGGGGUCCCCUUGCCCGCUCGGAGUAUCCAACGAUCCUCGGAGGAAGAUGCGUCGCACCUUCCACUCGGGUUGCGCAAGCAUACUAGUGGGUCGGCCCGCACCGAGGGAUACUACAAGAUCCCUGAAGCCGCGAAGAGUUUGUACCUCCCCCAGAGGAACCGUGCGAUUGUGGAUAUCUCGGCAGCUGCUCCCCCGUUACCCGCUGCCACCUCUCGUUCGACGCGUGCAUACAGCCGUCGACUUGCCCAAGGUAUCGAGCAACACAAGGGCAAGGCCGCAGACGCUGGAGACGUCCUCAAGUUUAAUCAGCUUAGGACACGCAAGAAGCAACUUACGUUUGCGAGGAGCCCGAUUCAUGAUUGGGGGUUGUAUGCUGCUGAGCCUAUCCCGGCUGGGGAUAUGGUCAUUGAGUAUGUGGGCGAGGUGAUUCGUCAACAGGUUGCGGACAAGCGUGAAAAAUAUUACGAAAAAACUGGGAUUGGGAGCAGCUACUUGUUUAGGGUUGAUGACGAUUCGGUGGUGGAUGCGACCAAAAAGGGCAAUCUUGGGCGACUCAUUAAUCAUUGUUGUGCACCAAAUUGUACCGCAAAGAUUAUCACGAUUAAUGGCGAAAAGAAGAUUGUCAUUUACGCCAAGACGAAUAUCGACGUUGGGGACGAGAUUACUUAUGAUUAUCAUUUCCCGCUCGAAGAUCAAAAAAUUCCGUGUCUCUGUGGUUCACCGAAAUGCCGUGGUUUCCUCAAUUAG